UUUUUUCACUUAACCAUAAAUUAUGAGUUGUCAUUUUGUUUAUAUAAUUAUUACUACAAAUAAAGCACUAAUUCAUAGUGUUCCAUGUCCUACCCUCCAUACCAGUACCUUCCUAAUAAAUUCACAUUUUUAUCAGAUAACUCUUAGGAUAAAAAUCAAUCGAUAGGCAUAUAGGCAUAUUGUAUAUAAUUUAUUUAAGUAGACAUAAAAACACUUAUUUUUAUAUAUAACUCAAAGAUAUGAAGGAAGGGAAAAUGGGGAGGCGAGAUGGGAGCUUUUUGGGCCGCUCCACCCACCCAGCUGCAAACAAGCUGAGGUGGCGACGUGUGCGCCCAGAGAAGCGCGGCGACAUGUGCACUCACGUGGUAAUGCGCGGGGGAAGGCCCUUUUCCCAGUGGGGGGAAAGGGUCUCAACCACGCAAACGCCACACGUGCACGGCCAGAGGCAGCCAGUUGAGGAUCUGCCCAAGACGCACCAGGCGCCCGUUACCUUCAUCUCGCCUUCGGGCUCAGUGACCCCAUCGACUCCUACACAUGCUAGACUCCGUGGUUGUUGUCCCAAGACGGGUCGGGUAGAUCAACGACCAUCUCGCAGGGAGGCAGGACACCAGUGGUUGCCCCUCUCGCAGUUCAGCCAGGACACCGGAGGUAGCUCGCCACCC